CCUACAAAGGCGGCCGGGAGCGCCGCGCCGCACCGAGCGGAGUCCGCGUUGCUGCGGGGUCGAGGCGGCGCCUGGCCCCACCGCACUCUCCGGGAAGUGCUUCCAGGAGGCCCAGACCAUGAAUUACGUGGGGCAGCUGGCCGGCCAGGUGUUUGUGACCGUGAAGGAACUCUACAAGGGGCUGAACCCUGCCACGCUGUCGGGAUGCAUCGACAUCAUCGUCAUCCGCCAGCCCAACGGGAGCCUGCAGUGCUCCCCCUUCCACGUGCGCUUUGGGAAGAUGGGGGUCCUGCGCUCCCGGGAGAAAGUGGUGGACAUAGAAAUCAACGGGGAGUCGGUGGACUUGCACAUGAAGCUGGGAGACAACGGGGAAGCGUUUUUUGUGCAGGAGACUGAUAGCGACCAGGAGGUGAUCCCCAUGUACCUGGCCACCUCCCCCAUCCUGUCAGAAGGGGUGUCGCGGAUGGAGUGCCAGCUGAAAAGAAACUCGGUGGACAGAGUCAGGAGCCUGGACUCCACCACGCCCUCCCAGAGCUUGGCCACCAGUGAGACCCCGUCCAGCUGCUCACUGGUAAAGAAGAGAAGGAAGAGGAGGCGGAAGUCCCAGCUGGACAGCCUGAAAAGAGAUGACAGCAGCCACACGUCGGAGGACGAGGACAUGUUUCCCAUAGAGAUGAGCUCCGACGAGGACACGGGGACCCUGGAUGGCAGCAGAACUCUUCAUACUGACACACUGCCAUUCCAAGACGAUAUUCCUAAGAAGAACCUUCCCUGUGUCUCCCCGUACCCCCAGUCAGCGUCGUACCCCAGUUCUGAUAGAGAGUGGUCCCCCAACCCCAGCAGCCCGGUAGAUUGCAAAAGGACCCCCCCUCAUCUUGUGGUCGCAGCCGAGGGAGUUCUGUCUAGUUCUUGCCCGCCACAGUCCUCUCAUUUCCAUGCUUCGGAAAGUCCCUCAGGGUCCCGACCCUCAACCCCCAAAAGCGACUCAGAAUUGGUCAGCAAGUCCACGGACAGGCCCAUGCAGAAGAACAACCUAGAAAUGCUGUGGCUUUGGGGAGAAUUGCCACAGGCUGCAAAGUCAUCUUCUCCACACAAGAUGAAAGAAUCCAGCCCCUUGUGCAGCAGGAAAAUUUGUGAGAAGACUCACUUCCAGGCCAUUCACAGCGAGUCUUCAGAUACCUUCAGUGACCAGUCCCCAACCUUAGUGGAAGCGCCACUCGCAGAGCCCAGCAAGCCUCCCAUGGAAAUGCAGUUUGUGUGUGAAGACGACCUGGAGGCUUUGGGAGCGGCCGCCCCGCCUCUACCUAUGGCCGAAGAGCUCAAGUCCCCGGCUGCCAGCUCCAUGCAGAUGGGGGCCAAGAUGGACUCUCCUUCUAGGAAGAAGGAUAAACGGAGUAGACAUCUAGGCGCCGACGGCGUCUACCUCGACGACCUCACGGACAUGGAUCCAGAAGUGGCAGCCCUGUAUUUCCCCAAAAACGGAGACCCCCCGGGGCUCGCCAAGCCUGCCAGCGACUGUGGAGUGCGGUCGGCCAACCAGUCCCCGCAGUCGGUGGGCAGCUCCGGCAUUGACAGCGGCAUGGAGAGCACCUCGGACGGGCUGAGGGACCUGCCCUCCAUCGCCAUCUCCCUCUGCGGGGGGCUCAGCGACCACCGGGAGAUCACAAAAGACGCCUUUCUGGAGCAGGCCGUGUCGUACCAACAGUUUGUGGACAACCCCGCCAUCAUCGACGACCCCAACCUGGUGGUGAAGAUCGGCAAUAAGUAUUAUAAUUGGACAACAGCAGCGCCUCUGCUCCUGGCAAUGCAAGCCUUCCAGAAACCUUUGCCAAAGGCCACCGUGGAAUCUAUCAUGAGGGAUAAGAUGCCCAAAAAGGGAGGAAGAUGGUGGUUUUCCUGGAGGGGCCGAAACACCACAAUCAAAGAGGAAAGUAAGUCAGAGCAGUGCCUGCCUGGGAAGAGCCACAGUACUGGAGAGCAGCCAGCCCAGCUCAGCAUGGCCCCCAGGAUAAAGCACGAGUCAUCCUCCAGUGACGAGGAGCACGCAGCUGCCAAGCCAUCAAGCACCAGCCACCUCCCUCUUCUGGCAAAUGUCAGCUACAAGAAGACGUUGCGGCUCACUUCCGAGCAGCUGAAAAGCCUGAAGCUGAAGAAUGGCCCCAAUGACGUGGUGUUCAGCGUCACCACGCAGUACCAGGGCACCUGCCGUUGUGAGGGCACCAUCUACCUGUGGAACUGGGACGACAAAGUCAUCAUUUCUGACAUCGAUGGGACCAUCACCAGAUCAGAUACCCUUGGCCACAUUUUGCCCACACUCGGGAAGGACUGGACCCACCAGGGCAUCGCUAAGCUGUACCAUAAAGUGAGCCAGAAUGGAUAUAAGUUUCUCUACUGCUCCGCCCGGGCCAUCGGGAUGGCAGACAUGACGCGAGGCUACCUGCACUGGGUCAACGAGAGGGGCACCGUGCUGCCCCAGGGGCCGCUGCUGCUCAGCCCCAGCAGCCUCUUCUCCGCCCUGCACAGAGAGGUGAUUGAAAAGAAGCCAGAAAAGUUUAAAGUCCAGUGCUUGACAGACAUCAAAAACCUGUUUUUCCCAAACACGGAACCCUUUUACGCUGCUUUUGGAAACCGGCCGGCGGAUGUGUAUUCCUACAAGCAAGUGGGGGUGUCCUUGAACCGCAUCUUCACUGUGAACCCUAAAGGCGAGCUGGUUCAGGAGCAUGCCAAGACCAACAUUUCCUCGUACGUGAGACUCUGUGAGGUGGUGGACCACGUGUUCCCACUGCUGAAGCGAGGCCAUUCUUCAGACUUCCCCUGCUCCGACACCUUCAGCAACUUCACUUUCUGGAGAGAGCCGCCGCCGCCUUUUGAAAACCAGGACAUUCAUUCUGCCUCAGCCUGACCUGAGCCAGCGGCCCUUGUGAUGGUGCCGGAGACUGGGUGUCACCCAUUAAAGAAUAGGUUGUGGGGACCCCAGAGUGCCACAGUGUGGCCAUUUUUCUUAGCAAGAUUGAGAAGCACUCUCUUCUGCCCUGCCUGCCCCACUUUGUCCGGGGUGACGUUUCUAAGCUGGGCGUGGGGGACAGGCCAGGAGCCGGGUGCAGUUAUAAUGUGUGAUAUGCUUCUCACAGGGGGCAUAAUACCCACAAUGCCUCGCUCACAGCCUGCCCAGGUGCUAGUUCUCAGUUGCUGCGCAGUGUGGGCAGAGAGACCCCCUGCAGAAGAGGGCUGUCUGAGCAUGUCCUGCUGCGGACAGUGUCCCGUGAGGAUCGCCAGAAGUACAUGAUCUGUGGCUAAGGAGGGGCGCAUGCGCAGGACAGCCACGUCCAGGCCCCCUGCCCGUGUGUGGGGCGAGGGCUGUGAGGGGUCACAUGACCUGCAUCCGAGCCAGUCAGACCUCACUGGGUCUGACCUCUGGCCUUGGCCUUGUGAAUGUUACCUUGCAGUUAUUUGCUGGCUAGUCUCAGUUGUAGGCCCUGAGUUCUUUAAUUCUUUUGGCUAAAGCUAGCCUGCGUAGUUGGCCUUUCUGUCCCCAUUGUUUUUGCCUCAAGGCUGGGCUUAUUUAUGCCUUAACGCAUCUGUGACAGAACUUUCGUUUGGAGUGCACGGUGUCUAGCUCUCAGUAACCUCUCGAAGCCUUAAAGUCGAGUAGGGGUAACUUUUUCUGAGGCAGUAUUGAUCAGCUCACCCGCCCAGCAAGGUGGGGCUGCUAAGGGGACUGUGAGAAGCACUUAGGCCAAAUGAUGACGAUGUUGAUUUCUUUCUUAGUUGAUUUAAAGAGAAACAGUUAAGUGUUAUUCUUUGUAGGUAUUAUUUAUUGCUUUGCUCCGAUUGGACUUUUCUGUUGUAAGCAUUCUCGCUGUAUUCUUUUGAUUGCAGCUGUCGUGGUUACAUUAAACAGAUGAGCAUGCUAGACGAUCCAAAGACUUCUGUCUAACUGAUACCCUGACCUUUAAGAAUUUAUAAGUACUUUAUUUCCCUUAAUGUUGUCCACUCAAGAACAAGGGAAACAGUACUAAUUUGAGUGACAUUCUCUUAAGCUAAUCCUUCUUUAAUAAACUGACUUGUGGUCAGAACAAUGUGAAAAGUGAAGGAAUUAUUUUGGUAAAAGAUUGUGCUUGACUUUCCAGUGUAUUAUUAUCAUUAUUAUUAUUUUUUUAAAGAGCGUGAUCCUCCCUGGACUGAAAUGCUUUACUAUUUAAAGUUCAUUGUUAAAGAGUCACAGGGGGCCAAAGAUGGAACUGUUGAACGAAAUGUUAUUCUUUCUGUGAAAGAAAAUCCAGAGUUGCUUCCUUGGUGGGUACUUCCAGGUGGGUUCUAUGAGGGACAGACCUUUCCUGAGUGGUUCACGGAGACGGCCAGAGGAAUCUCAGACUGGCAUAGAGACACAGGCAUGCACAAGUUGAUUCCCUUUUGGAGGCAUUAAAAAACUCCUUGGGCUUGCUCCCUAGUGCCCCCUAGAGGCUGUGUUCCCCUUCUGCCACCAGGGUGUUUUGUUUUGUUUUUGGACUUUAAGAGCUAUGACCCAUGUACAUGCUAAUGCAGUCUGCUGGGUUCGGGUGGCUUCUCCCUAGCACUUAGGAGGAUGUCUGGCUGUGGGAGAGGGUGUCUGUCCCCAUGCACUUUACCCCGUGUUGACCCUCUGCAGGCCACAGGAGCUCUGAGCUCAUGCAUCGCCUCACUCUUGAUUUUGAUGUACCUUAAACUUCCACAUCCCUCCCCCUUCCCCUUCCUUAAAAAAAAAAAGUCACACUCUCAGAUCUGUCAGGUCCAGUGGGAACUCUGGCCAGGCUGUGGAAGUAGCAUCUGCUCGUGGCUUCUGAAAAGGAUUUGUAUGGGGGCAGCAGCCACCAGGGUCGGGCUGUCUGUGUGUAUGCUGUAACUUGUGGCCCCAACAUCAUAGGCUAGAAUACUGGUUUGCGGCAACAUGUUUCUUAAUGAACCAUUCUAUGGCUCUGAGUAUUCAGAUGCUCAUCACACACAAUGAAAAAUAGGCAGCCCUGCACAAAAAUGGUUAUAUCUUCAAAGGUUAUACCUUUCGAUUUUUAGGUUCAGCUCCCUCCUUCAAAGUAUAUUUUCUGUACAACAUUUGAUCUAUAUUUGUAAAUGCUGGUACAGUGCUGAAAAUCACUGUAAUAUUUCAUUGCAUUGUGCCCAAUGUGGAAGUAGAAAAUAUUGGAAUAAACGAGAUGGAUGAAAGACUUCUCUGCAAACCA